AUGACAGAAGAGAGCAAGUCCUUCGCGGAGUGUCCCCGCAGUCCGGCAGGCAGCGACAGCUCCGUGUCCCAGCACGGAGCGGAUUCGGAGUCCCCGACCCCUCCAGCGGUGUCCGACGCACGGGAGGCAGCGCGCCCGUGCGGGAUUACGCCCAAAACGGAGAGCAGCGUGGAGACCGAGCGCUUCCCCGCGUGCAUCCGCGACGCGGUGUCGCAGGUGCUGAAGGGUUACGACUGGUCGCUGCUACCGAUGCCCUCUCAGGGGGAGCGGGGGCUGAAGAGCAAACCUCGCGUGAAGCGGCCGAUGAACGCGUUCAUGGUGUGGGCGCAGGCGGCGCGGAGGAAGCUGGCGGACCAGUAUCCUCAUCUGCACAACGCGGAGCUCAGCAAGACGCUGGGCAAACUGUGGCGACUUCUCUCUGAGACAGAGAAGCGGCCCUUCGUUGAGGAGGCCGAUAGGCUGAGGAUGCAGCACAAGAAAGACUAUCCGGACUACAAGUACCAGCCUCGGAGACGCAAGACCACCAAACCCGGGCAGGGGGACUGUAGACCCACACUGGUCCAGCAGCAGCAGCAGCAGCAGCAGGGCUUGUGUAAAACAGAACCAGGGGGGGACAGGUUGGCUGGCACGGGGGAAGUGCACCAUCAUUACGACCAAGACAGGGCAGGUCAGUCUCAUGGACCUCCAACACCUCCCACGACCCCUAAAACCGAGCUCCACGUGGGGAACAAACCAGAGGGCCUGCGCCCUGUGGACGGCGGCUCCGUUCCUCCCGCGGGCCGCCAGAACAUCGACUUCAGCAACGUGGACAUCUCCGAGCUGAGCACCAUCGAUGGGUUCGAUGUCCAUGAAUUCGACCAGUACCUCCCCCCCAGCAGCCACGGCUCCGCUCUUCUGACCCCGCCAGACAGCGGCCACGGACACAGCCACCCCGCGGGACCCUUCGUCCUGCCCAGUAGCCACUCUCACUCCCACGGCGUCCCCACCUGGACGGCCAAGAGCGGGGCUUCCGCCGGCAUGACACCACCGCCGCCGCCGUCCUCCUCCUUGUCCGGCCAUGACGCACGCGUGCUCCGCGAGGACUCCGGCCAAAAACUUCAGAUUAAAACUGAGCAGCUGAGCCCGGAUCACUACAGCAGCUCCUCCUCCUCCACCACUCCGCCGCCGCCACAACCCGAGUACACGUCCCUCGGUUCCUCCACGUCCUCCUCCCCAUCCUCCGCCAACCAACCCGACUACGCUGACCUCCAGAGCUCCAAUAUCUACCACGCCUUCUCCGGGUACCCUGCCAGUCUGUAUCAGUACCCGUACUGUCACUCCUCUCGCAGGCCUUACUCCACACCUCUUAUCAACAGCCUGGCCUUGGCGCCACCUCCUCACAGUCCUCCCUCUGGCUGGGAGCAGCCUAUCUACACAACACUCAGCAGGCCUUGAAGAGGAGGAAAGCCCUCCCUUCCCCAAGCGUUUGGUUAUAUGGACAAAAACUUUAAUGAUUACUCAGAUCGGGACAGAACAACGGCCCGCCUGGAUGACUUUUAAGAGAUUCAAUGACUUUAAAGAGUCCCUUCCUGGCGUUUCGAGUGCGGGGUCUCUAAAGAACCGUGCCGAUAUCAGUCGGGCCAAAGCGCCUUAUUUUGCGUCUGCAUAUACGGUUGCAUUUGGUCAUUUUUGUGAAAAGAAAUUUCACGAGAUUAACAAAGAUUCUCUUUUGUGAGGGGAAAAAGGACGGAGGCUCGCAGUCUUAUGGCCGUGAAGUUGAAACCUGCCUUCCACAAUAAUGAGAUGCCGGUAUGAGAGCAGCACCUAUUUAAAACCAAGCCUUUCAGUUUUAAUAGCAGCUUUAUUUUCCAAGUUAGUUUCUUUACCCCAACCUUCACAUCGAUGAGGUUCAAAGUCAACGGUGUUACAUUUGAACUGGAACCCGAAAGUUCCCCCCCCCCCCCCGUUUAUUGGUGCAGAGUUAUGUGAAAGGCCUGAAUUAUUCUGUGAGGAUUUCGUAGCCGGCAGGAGAAGUGUAUUUUAUUGAGCUGCAUCGAGGCCGAGAGAUUGGCUCUUCUUCUGAUCAAUGGAGGUAUUAUCUGAUUUUAAAAGAAAAGGAUGCAACUGUUUGACAUUUUGGGAAAUGCGGGAAGAUCGACGCCACUCGUUUUUACUGUCAUUUGAUACAAUAUUAUUAAAAAAAACUCAAACUGA